GGGGCCAGGCGCUUCCGCGUGGGGGGGGGGACGGGGAGCGGCUCGUUUGGCCCCCGCAGGUGCGCGCGGCCGGGGCCGGGGGAUGCGGCGGGGGCCUCGCCAUGCGCUACAGCGAGCGGGAGCUGCUGUCCCUGUCCCGGCAGCCGGCGGAGAAGGCGGCGGAGAUCCUGAUGCGGGUGCCCAAGAAGGGGAGCGUGCUGAAGAAACGCCUCGUGAAGCUUGUUGUCAACUUUCUCUUCUACUUCCGAACAGAUGAAGCAGAGCCAAUUGGAGCUUUGCUGCUGGAACACUGUAGAAUCACCAAAGAAGAGGAGAAUGUCUUUUCAAUCAGUUUCAUUGAGGAGCCAGACAGGAAAUACUCCUUUGAAUGUGACACUGAGGAGCAAUGCCAGGAGUGGAUUGAGGCUCUCCGAAGAGCCAGCUACGAGUUCAUGAGACGAAGUUUGAUUUUCUAUCGGAAUGAGAUUCAGAAGAUGACAGGGAAGGACCCCCUGGAGCAGUACGGAAUCUCCGAGGAAGCCCGAUUCCAGCUGGGAACACGCAAGCUGUAACCUGGCAGCCUCCGUCCCCACCCAGCCCAGUGGGGCUUAACUGGCAUUCAGCCACCUCCUUGUGGGGGGUGGGGGUGAAAACACCAACCCCCCGUCGGGGGGAGCUCCUGGGACCAAGUGACUUACUUAUGGGCCAGAUAACUUGUAUGUCUUUUUUUUUUUUUUUUUUUAAACGGAUUCAUUGCACACUCCCCUUCCUGUUUGUCUUCAGCCCCUCCGAGCUCCCAUCUCCCCGCAGCAAGAGUCUUAACUGGCCACUGCUGUGUCAGCUUCAACUUGAUGGACCAUAAAACUGCUAGGCUGAGGGACUUAUGGGCUGCCCGUUACUCACUAGAUGCUUGCCCCUAGGGCUGUUGAAAGCCCUCAUUCAGAGUCCCAGGGGAUUUCAGCUAUGAUGCUGAUGUGGAAACCUGGCUGGACUUGUCCUGGUGGGAGCAGCCCAGGGGUCUUCCAGCAUAUGGUGCUAUUAUAAGGCAGGGGUGAUCUGGGGUAGAGGGCCAGUGUCUGUUCUAGGCCAAAAACAUGCCAGAAUUGGCAGCAUUUCUGCUGGGAAUGGCCUCAGGGCUUAGGCCAUCCAGCUCUGCAGGCUGCCUGCUGCACCUCCUGGUGGCUGGAGUUUGUCACCUGGGUGCCCUGAGCCAGCUGGUGGCUGAUGCUUUGCUGGCUUUUGCAAAAGUGGCUAAUCUCAAAGGGAGGAGGAGGGUCUUUCGUUAAGGGGGUGUGUGUGUUUUUUUUUCUUUUUUUUUGUUUUUGGCCGAUGGCAUUCCUUUGCUCAUAGCGGUGGGGUCCUUGGCCUUGAAAUGCCAGACUCACCCCUCUCCCGCAUUUAACUCUGUCCGGUCCACUCUAGCUGCUAGAUCUGUACUGGACACUCUUCAGCUACUGAAGAUAGAUGCAGGGAGCAGCUGUUUCAGGUAAGGGAAGCCCUCCUCUGUUAUGGAUUGCUACCCCCAAAUGGAGGGAGGAGGAACUGGCCCUUACUCUAAACAGGGUUAACUUAUGUGACUGCUGGUGCUCCUGCCCCCCUCCCUAGCUGUUGCUGCUCCGGCUGACAGUGUAGCUGUAGGGGGCAGUGUCUUCAUUUCUUUACACGAACCUACAGCAGCAGCGAUUGCAUUGUGACAUGCACACAGGGUUACUGGGGCCUGUCUCAGCUCAACACCAUUACUAAGGUCUAAUUUUGAACUAAUGCAGAUGAAUCCAGCUACCACGAGCCACCCUACAGCAUCUUUAAAAUGCACUUCCAACUUCUCGCACAGUGUGGGGUUGUGGCUUUCUCACCAGUGCCCAGGAGUGAGCAAAGCAAGGGUUUGAAAGACACCUGCUGUGAGGCAGUCUAAACCAAACUCCUCCCCCUGACCUUGAGAGCAAGCUAUGGUUCUUAGUGGCAUUGUUCCCUUGCCUGGAGGGGGGUGCUGUGGAGUCAUUGGCUUCCCAGAGCAGGUGGCCUGCUGUGGGGCUAGUGAAAACAGCUGGGUGGAUGCUGUAGUCCCCUUUACUGGAGGCAGCGUGAGAGGUAGAACUGUGUGGGGUGUAGAACCACAUCUUGUCCAUGCUGAGAUGGGAGACAGGGUCCCACAGCAUGAAGAAGAGCUGUACAGGGCUACUUCAGGCUUUAUUCCAUAUACAACACCCCUCAUCUGUUUCUGCAGCUUCCCUCAUCCUCAGGAGCUUGAGCAGAAAAGACCAAAGCAAUCCAGUGAUUUCUGGAGGGCUGGGAGACCUGACCUAAUUUUUUCUUAAAGUGCUUCAGGCAUGUACUGCUCCUAGGAGACUCCCAAGGAGGAAAUAAUGCGGGUUUAGAACAUUAGUUGAGGCUCAUUGCUUUAAUACAAGACAUCAGCUGCAACAUUUUACUAUCUCCAGUAGAGGUGGGAGAUGGGGGACCCUGCCCACCUCUGCACCAGGACCACAUGUGUUGGAUGGAGGCUGUUGCUAGUAGCUUCUACAUGCAGCUCUAGGACUCAGCGGAUGAGCCCUGUACAGUGUGGGAAAGAGGAUGUAGUACACGACUUUAACUGAUCUUUUGUCCUGUCCACAUGGAAUGCUACUGGAGAGCAGCCUGGGUGAUGGGUGGAAGUUGUUCCUCCACUUUGUGACUCACUCCGAGGCUGCUCAGUGGUGAACCUCUGGCUGGUAAGAGUGGGGGAGGCUCUGGAAGACCUUGGGAGCCCAGCCAUGCCUUCCUCUUCAUUGCCCUGGGAAGCAGCAAGAGAGGAUUAGGCAAGAGCACACUAGAGCUUGUGCUUUAGAGAACAUGACCUCAGCUGCCUCUAUAUUGCAUUCGCAAGCAGCCCUUUUCUUGGCCUUUGCUGUUGCCCUGAGGUAGAGCAGAACACAGAUCCAUGGUUUUGGUACUGAGCCCAGCACUCCCCUUUGAGAGUAGGGACACGGUUUGUUCAAAUAUGGCUCUUGCUAUCUGGGGGCUGCUAAAGUUUCCAAGGUUAUUAAAGUAGGCUCAGUUCUAGCAGCUGUCUUCUUGCUGAAGUUAAAGUCUUUGCCCACUUUCACCGGAGCUGAGGCAAAGGCUCCAUAGCAACUGACCUAGGAAAUGGUGUUUAAGAGGGUGCUUUGAACUCUGUUGUGACGGUUACGCUCCCAUCCCCACUGUCAGCAGCUAGAUAGCAAGAAUUGUAUUCCCAGCGUCUCGUCUCCUUUAAGUCAGCUAAGACAAUUCAGUGUAAGCCAGGAGCAGGCUCUUUAUUAACUCCAUAACAUUGGUACAUCCCAUUAGGGAAGCUGGAGCUUUUUUUAGCUAGGAGAACGCUGAGAAAUGCAGUAGUUUCAUACAGAAUAAACUGAAUUAGGGAAAAGAUUACACCCAGUAUUUCUCUCUCAUGUUCAAAACUUGUUUGAUUGUUCAGCCAGCUUGCUUUUGGGCACCAGUGUUGCUUAGUACAUUGGCUGACUCAAUUCUCAAUGCUUGUGUUACCAGACUGUUCGUGCCCUACGGUCACCUUACCUGAAAAAUCGUUGACAAUAUUUAAAAUCCUGGCAGGUGGCCAUCUGAACAGAGCUUGUGACAGCUAAGAUUUCAGAACUGGAGAAUUGGUUACUUGGACCACUCAAACUACUGUAUAAAUAUUCCCUCUUCUGCCUUCCCUGUACAAAAACACUAGCUUUUUCUUGUUACCCUUUCAAAGGGCAGACCUUAAGCUUACAGUUACCAUUGCACACUGUACAGAAAUGGGCAUUUUAUUAGGGUGGGGGGGUACAUUAGGUGAGCAAGGAACAGCUCCAACUAUUUGCUUAGAUUAGGAGGUACGUAAAUUUCACUUUCAUUACUUGAUUGAAUGUAUGAAGACAGAUGCUGUGAACAGUUAUCUGAGCAUGGGUGCCCAGUAACUCACUAAGACUAGCUUUACGGUUCAGGAUUAAGGGGAACAGGUUUAGGAAUCUGUUAUUACUGGUCAUUUAUAUGCAAAAGUUUCUCAUUAUCUGUUCAGGUUCCUUUUUGUGGUUAGUUGCUCUAACAAAAGCGUUAUAUACGGGUGCUGUUCAUAGGCUGUACAAUCAAUGUUUUAAACAAACACCUGUCGUGGUUUUAACCUGGGCGUAAAUUCAGCUGCUGUGUAAGAAUCCCAUGUGCAUUUUCUUCAAAAAGAAAGGUUGAAAGGGGAAUAAACGUUGCAAUCAGUAA